UCCGAGGAUCUCCGCGCCGAGAGAAGUUUCCACCUCCAAGCAGUCCGGGACGAACCGAAGGAGGGAGCAGAGAUGUCGACCGAGGCGGAGCAGCUGCCCCACCUGCACCUGGCUGAGCUCACAGCUGCGCAGUUCAUCGACAUCUGGAAACACUUUGACGCAGACGGACCCCUCACACGCUUCGUUCAAAGAAAAGUUGAAGGAGUUCAUGGCCAACUUUGACAAGAACUCUGACGGCAUCAUCGAAAUGUCCGAGUUGGCCCAGAUUCUGCCUACGGAAGAAAACUUCCUGCUCUGUUUCAGAGAGUUUGUAAGAUCCAGCUCUGAGUUCAUGGAUGCCUGGAGGAGGUACGACACGGAUCGUAGUGGAUACAUCGAAUCCAACGAGCUGCAGGGUUUCCUGUCAGACCUGCUGAAGAAGUCAAACAGAAACUACGAUGAGAAGAAGCUGAACGAGUACACGCAGACGAUUCUCAGGAUGUUCGACCUCAACGGUGACGGAAAGCUGGGCCUCUCUGAGAUGGCGAGGCUUUUGCCCAUCCAGGAGAACUUCCUGCUCAAGUUUCAGGGUAUCAGACUCACCGUUAAGGAAUUUGACUCCCUCUUCACGUUCUAUGACAAGGACGGUAACGGCUACAUUGAUGAGCAGGAGCUGGAUGCUUUGCUGAAGGACCUCUGUGACAAGAAGAAAAUGGACGUGGGCCACAUCGGGCUGGUGGAUUACAAGAAGAGCAUCAUGGCUCUGGCUGACGGGGGGAAGCUGUACCGCACGGAGAUGGAGAUCGUCCUCUGCCGGGACUCCACGCUGUGACCCUCCUGCCUGGGACCUGUUCAUCCUCCUGCACUGCUUCCUGCCUCCAAAUGCAACCUGGUGCAUGUGUGACACCCCCCCCCCCCAACACUUUUAAAGUGAAGACAAAAGUGCUCCUGAAAGCACAAAGUAUACUGCUGGCCCCGCUGUUUUACCUAUACCCUUAUAAAUUGUUCAUUUUUUUAAAACAUCUAGCAAGACAACAAGAAAAUAUUGUCUUUAUUUAUUUGUAAUCUUGUUUUAAAUAUGCAUUUGUAUUUU